AUGAGGGGAGCGCCGGGUCCCCGACAGCCGGGUGAGUUGCUGUGGGCUGUGGGCACAGCAGCAGGGGAGUCCUCCUCGUCUCGGUGCUUCUCUCUGACCUUGCGCUACGCCAAGAUGAGACGGGCCGCGGGAGUCGGUUCUCCUAGCCUGGCGCUUGGUUAUGGUGCGAACCGCAUCGGCAGCAUGGAGGGAGGAGGGAGCAUUAUGGAUCCGGAAGCUGCCUCUGCUGGCACCGCAUUCGGUACCGGCGCUGCGAAGAAGUCGAGAUUCUCGCCGGCCUACCACAGGCUGCCAGUCAAGACGGCACCGGGCCUAGCUGCAACGGCGGUGGCGACUCUCCUUCUCUUGCUCCUCAUGCCCUCUGGAACCAAGCCCAUCAUUCUGGUGAUGGGGUGCUGCAGCGCGGGCAUCUUGGUAACCGGGUGGCUGUCGGAUAGCGUGUUGAGCAAAGAUGAUGGGACACCGGCCAUGCGCGCCGUGUCCGACCCGAUCAAGGAGGGAGCCGAAGGCUUCCUCAAGGUGCAGUACACGGCCAUUGCAAAGAUCGCCGUCUUCUUGCUUGCAUUCAUUGUGAUGAGCUACGUACUAAGACCGACGGGAUCUUCCGAGCUGCAGAACACCGGGGUGCGUCGGAUCGGAAACACGACGCUGGGCCUGAUCAGCGGGGCCUGUUUUCUCGUCGGAGCCUUGUGUUCCGCAGCGGCCGGGUACAUCUCCAUGUGGGUUAGCGCGCACGCCAACAUCCGUGUAGCGAGCGCCGCCCGACGAGGGUACGGCGAGGCCUUGGUGAUUUGCUUCCGCGGCGGUGCCUUCAGUGCCGUCCUGGACAUCACGCUGUGCGUCGCGGGGGUGACGCUUCUGUACGUGGCCCUCUACACUUGGUACGUGGCGAGGGGCGUGCUGGACGACACCGACGUUCCCGUGCUGAUGGUUGGCUACGGCUUCGGAGCGUCGUUUGUGGCGCUGUUCAUGCAGCUCGGUGGCGGCAUAUACACCAAGGCUGCGGAUGUCGGCGCAGACCUCGUCGGCAAGGUGGAGACCGGCAUCCCGGAGGACGACCCCCGAAAUCCCGCCGUGGUGGCGGACUUGGUGGGCGACAUGGUCGGGGACUGCGUCGGGAGCAGCGCAGACGUGUUCGAGAGCGUCGCGGCGGAGAUGAUUGGAGCCAUGAUCCUAGGAUCUACUCUUGCGAAAGAGGCGUCCCUCCCUUCGGCGGUGCCGUUCAUUUUCUUCCCGGUAGUUGUCCACGCCUUGGACAUCGUCGUCAGCUCUGUCGGGAUCCUUUUCGUGACCGCUGCCGCGCACUCCGUCACGAACCCGAUGGACCAGCUCACUCGCGGUUACAGAGUUAGCUUCGCGCUGGCGCUCACUGGCUUCGCGAUCAUAUCGCGCUGGCUUCUAUACGUGGAGGACUCUCCGUCAGCGUGGCUGCAUUUCUUCGGGUGUGGGAUAGUGGGCAUGGUCACGGCCUACGUCUUCAUUCUCUCGACGCAGUACUACACCGACUACGUGUACGCGCCCGUGAGGAGCAUCGCGGAAGCAAGUACCACGGGACACGGGACAAACAUCAUCACGGGCGUGGCCGUGGGUAUGAAGAGCACGGUCAUCCCCUGCAUCACCGUGAGCGUGGCGGUUAUCGCGGCCUACCACCUAGGCCGGACCUCGGGCGUGGGGGAAGGGCACAGCGCUGGGAUUUUCGGGACGGCGGUUGCGACCAUGGGCAUGCUCAGCAGCGCCGUGUACGUGCUCUCGAUGAACAACUUCGGUCCUAUCGCGGACAACGCCGGCGGGAUCGCGGAGAUGAGCCAGCAGCCGGAGUUCGUCAGAGAAACAACCGACCGCCUCGAUGCCGCCGGCAACGUGACAAAGGCCAUCACUAAGGGCUACAGCAUCGGAUCGGCGUCGCUGGCGUGCUUCCUGCUGUUCGGGGCUUUCAUGGACGAGUUCUCCGAGUUCAGCGGGAGGCCUUUCCGAACCGUGGAUAUCGCUGUACCGGAGGUCCUCAUCGGGGGCUUGCUAGGGGUGAUGAUGAUUUUCUGGUUCACGGGAUUGGCGAUCGCGGCUGUGGGGAAAACCGCGGGAGAGGUGGUGCGGGAAGUCAGGCGGCAACUUAAGGAAAACCCGGGGAUCAUGGAGUACAAGCAGAAGCCCGACUACCGGGCUUGCGUCAGCCUCGUUACAGAGGCUGCUCUCACGGAGAUGAGGUUCCCCGGAAUGCUCUGCGUGGCGAUGCCUGUAUCGGCGGGGUUAGUCUUCCGAUGGGUUGGGAGCAUGACGGGGCGGCCAAUGCUUGGAGCCGAGGUGUUGGCAGGGUAUCUCAUGUUCGGUACCGUGAGCGGCAUCAUGAUGGCGCUGUUCUUGGACAACGUAGGCGGGGCUUGGGAUAACGCCAAGAAAUACGUCGAGUUGGGGAAUUUUGGCGGGAAGGGCAGCGAUGCCCACAAGGCCGCCGUGACGGGAGACACAGUCGGGGACCCCUUCAAGGACACAGCGGGUCCAUCGCUGCACGUGGUUAUCAAGCUUCUCUCCACCACCAUCCUCGUCUUGGGACCCCUCUUUAUCUCCACCGAUCUCGCCGAGGUCGCGGAAUCCAGUCCAAGCAUAGACACGUAGGUAGUUCAACUUGAAGAGACGCCCUUUGAUUGCUCACUCUGUCGAUGGAAAGAGCAGGGUUGAAUUCAAUGUUAAUAUAGAUUCAGGGGGGUUUGGAUGGAGCGGAAACGCUGCUUGAUUCAUCUCUCUCUGCGAUAGACGUCCACGCAAAUCGAUGAGGAUGGGGGUUAGGGUUGGUGAUUUCUCUGUAGUAGGUCAGUCUCUCCGCCGUUUUCUUUAUUAGCACGGCGUAGCCGCCCCUCCCCAAGCACGGGAAGGUCGGCAGGGGUGGCGACGUGGAGGCGUGGGUGAUGUGCUUAUCGCGCGAUGGCAGAAGGGGAAAGAGGGAGAGACUGUUCGGCUCGUGAAGUUCUAGUGUGAAGUGUCCUACUUGGGGUGGAAUUAUUCCUGAGUCGCUGCGGAGGUCGUGUUUUUUUUUUGGAUUCAUCGGAGGGCGGGGGAGGAGGGCGGGGGGGGGGCGGAGGAGGAAUUACAUCGGAGUCUGGUCUGAAUGGUUCCUAAGGAACACUCUUGCUUAGCCUUAUGGCAAAUGCGGUGUUACCAAAUCAAUCUCGCACGUGCGUGCUUUUU